GACACUAUCGAAGCCGUCACAGUUACGGCUAUGACCGAAAGCUUGCGGCAGAACCAUGCGAAGCUGUUGGUUGAUUUCUUUAAAGCAGCUGGAAUAUAUUAUUUUGUUAUGGUUGAUUGUAACUUUCCUGAUGGAUUCAACGAUUCUCUUUUAGAAGACGAGUUCAUCUGUACGGACACUAUCGAAGCCGUCACAAUUACGGAUAUGACCGAAAGCUUGCGGCAGAACCAUGCAACGUUUUCGUCACUAGCAGAGGUACAUGUCGAGGGUUACUCUGCUGUUCGUGAGCCCAUCAUUGAUUACGAAGCUGGCAUUGAAAGAGGAACGAUGUCAGGACGCAAUACAUUUUCUUCGAAAUCUUUAGAUUAA